AUGGCAGGAGACCAUGGCUCUCAAGGCCAUACAGUCGUGGCCAUUGGCAUUGCUUUUGCGACCUUGACAUUUUUUGUACUCGUUUUGAGACUCUUUGCACGAAUUUACGUUUUGCGUAAGAUGGGUCUCGAUGAUUAUCUCAUUAUAGGCGCAUGUCUUCUAGCUUGGGCAUUUGUCGGAGCAACUGUUGCUGCUGUCAAGAAUGGACUUGGACAACAUUAUGAGUAUACCGAUAAGAGCUUGCUCAUCAAUUACUCCUUUGCUGUCUGGCUAAGUUCGAUGUUCUAUCUAGCUUGUCUCGGAUUCGUCAAGACUUCUGUCUUGUGGUUCUAUACCCGACUUGGAGACCGCUACCUCACCCGAAUGUCCUAUGUCAUGAUGGCCGUCAUCAUUUGCCAAGCUGGUUCCUUCGUACUCGUCGCUGCAUUCCAAUGUACCCCUGUUAGCAAAGCCUGGACAGGCACAGGGAAUGGAAAAUGCGUGAACAUCAAUAUUUUCUAUCUCUGCAACGCCGCUCUCAACAUCUUCACGGAUCUCCUAACCUACACACUUCCGAUCCGAGUCGUUCUCAAACUUCAGAUGCCCCAGAAGCAAAAGGCCAUCCUCGGCGUCAUUCUCUGUCUAGGUCUCUUUACUUGCGUCUCUUCCAUUAUCCGAAUCACCUACAUCCCCGCCAUGCUCACUUCCGCGGACUAUACCUACGCCAUUAGCGGAGCCAUGUACUGGUCCAUUAUUGAAACCAACAUCGGAAUCCUCGCGGCCUCAAUUCCUUCCUUCAAAGCCAUCGCCUCACGAUUCCUACCCCGCUUCAUCGGCGAGUACAGCAGUGGACGCAAAUAUGGUCCGUGGUCAGGCACUGUCGAUGCUCGGAAAUACGGAUCUGGGUUCACCAGAGUCACCGACCCCAACAAUGUUACAAUGGGCACUAUUAAUGGUGAGGAUAUCGCUAUGGGUACCCAGAUUGCUGCUGGAGAUCGAGACAACUCGAGCGAGGAUCGGAUUAUCGUCCCGGAUGGAAAGAUCUUCGCACAGACGGAGAUUGAGACUACGGUUGAAUCCACUGAUGAUUAUGAUACCUCACGCGAGCAGGCUCGCCGGUCAAAGCGGCGAUUUUAA